UUUUGUUGCUCACUACGAGUUGCUUUAAAUCUCUGGGAAGGUCUGUUCCGAAUUUACUACUUCUGGAUUGGCUAAAAUCUCUUUAAAGUGUGUGCUUUGUUCUCUAAAAAGCUUAGGUCAGUUGAGCAACAAGCUCCUCCUGUUUUUUUCUUUUUUUAAAAAAAAGAGCUGAGUAAUGCUGGAGGCUUCUCAUGUGGCUGAUGCAAACCUGGAGAAUUUGCAUCAUCAUUUAGCUGUAGUAAGUUGGUGUGACAGGCAGGCGCUUAAAUACAAGCCCAUGAGGAAGCUGAGCUGGUUUGUAAUGAUAGGGCGGCAGCAGCAGCAGCAGCAGCAGUGGUGGAACGAGGAGGUGGAGAAUUGAGAGCACGAUGCAUACACAGGUGUUUCUGAGUAGUAAUUAGAUCGCUGUGAAGGAAAAAGCAUACCUUUGAGUUUUCACCUGUGAACACUAUAGCGCUGAGAGAGACAGUCUGAAAGCAAAGAGGAAGACAUCGAUCAGUAACACCAAGAGACACCAAAGUUGAAAGUUUUGUUUUCUUUCCCUCUGUUCUAUUUUUCCCCCGUGUGUCCCUACUAUGGUCAGAAAGCCUGUUGUGUCCACCAUCUCCAAAGGAGGUUACCUGCAGGGAAAUGUUAACGGGAGGCUGCCUUCCCUGGGCAACAAGGAGCCACCUGGGCAGGAGAAAGUGCAGCUGAAGAGGAAAGUCACUUUACUGAGGGGAGUCUCCAUUAUCAUUGGCACCAUCAUUGGAGCAGGAAUCUUCAUCUCUCCUAAGGGCGUGCUCCAGAACACAGGCAGCGUGGGCAUGUCUCUGACCAUCUGGACGGUGUGUGGGGUCCUGUCACUAUUUGGAGCCUUGUCUUAUGCUGAAUUGGGAACAACUAUAAAGAAAUCUGGAGGUCAUUACACAUAUAUUUUGGAAGUCUUUGGUCCAUUACCAGCUUUUGUACGAGUCUGGGUGGAACUCCUCAUAAUACGCCCUGCAGCUACUGCUGUGAUAUCCCUGGCAUUUGGACGCUACAUUCUGGAACCAUUUUUUAUUCAAUGUGAAAUCCCUGAACUUGCGAUCAAGCUCAUUACAGCUGUGGGCAUAACUGUAGUGAUGGUCCUAAAUAGCAUGAGUGUCAGCUGGAGCGCCCGGAUCCAGAUUUUCUUAACCUUUUGCAAGCUCACAGCAAUUCUGAUAAUUAUAGUCCCUGGAGUUAUGCAGCUAAUUAAAGGUCAAACACAGAACUUUAAAGACGCUUUUUCAGGAAGAGAUUCAAGUAUUACGCGGUUGCCACUGGCUUUUUAUUAUGGAAUGUAUGCAUAUGCUGGCUGGUUUUACCUCAACUUUGUUACUGAAGAAGUAGAAAACCCUGAAAAAACCAUUCCCCUUGCAAUAUGUAUAUCCAUGGCCAUUGUCACCAUUGGCUAUGUGCUGACAAAUGUGGCCUACUUUACGACCAUUAAUGCUGAGGAGCUGCUGCUUUCAAAUGCAGUGGCAGUGACCUUUUCUGAGCGGCUACUGGGAAAUUUCUCAUUAGCAGUUCCGAUCUUUGUUGCCCUCUCCUGCUUUGGCUCCAUGAAUGGUGGUGUGUUUGCUGUCUCCAGGUUAUUCUAUGUUGCGUCUCGAGAGGGUCACCUUCCAGAAAUCCUCUCCAUGAUUCAUGUCCGCAAGCACACUCCUCUGCCAGCUGUUAUUGUUUUGCACCCUUUGACAAUGAUAAUGCUCUUCUCUGGAGACCUCGACAGUCUUUUGAAUUUCCUCAGUUUUGCCAGGUGGCUUUUUAUUGGGCUGGCAGUUGCUGGGCUGAUUUAUCUUCGAUACAAAUGCCCAGAUAUGCAUCGUCCUUUCAAGGUGCCACUGUUCAUCCCAGCUCUGUUUUCCUUCACAUGCCUCUUCAUGGUUGCCCUUUCCCUCUAUUCGGACCCAUUUAGUACAGGGAUUGGCUUCGUCAUCACUCUGACUGGAGUCCCUGCAUAUUAUCUCUUUAUUAUAUGGGACAAGAAACCCAGGUGGUUUAGAAUAAUGUCAGAGAGAAUAACCAGAACAUUACAAAUAAUACUGGAAGUUGUACCAGAAGAAGAUAAGUUAUGAACUAAUGGACUUGAGAUCUUGGCAAUCUGCCCAAGGGGAGACACAAAAUAGGGAUUUUUACUUCAUUUUCUGAAAGUCUAGAGAAUUACAACUUUGGUGAUAAACAAAAGGAGUAAGUUAUUUUUAUUCAUAUAUUUUAGCAUAUUCAAACUAAUUUCUAAGAAAUUUAGUUAUAACUCUAUGUAGUUAUAGAAAGCAAAUAUGCAGUUAUUCUAUGAGUCACACAAUUCUUGAGUCUCUGAUACCUACCUAUUGGGGUUAGGAGAAAAGACUAGACAAUUACUAUGUGGUCAUUCUCUACAACAUAUGUUAGCACGGCAAAGAACCUUCAAAUUGAAGACUGAGAUUUUUCUGUAUAUAUGGGUUUUGUAAAGAUGGUUUUACACACUAUAGAUGACUAUACUGUGAAAAGUGUUUUCAAUUCUGAAAAAAAGCAUACAUCAUGAUUAUGGCAAAGAGGAGAGAAAGAAAUUUAUUUUACAUUGACAUUGCAUUGCUUCCCCUUAGAUACCAAUUUAGAUAACAAACACUCAUGCUUUAAUGGAUUAUACCCAGAGCAUUUUGAACAAAGGUCAGUGGGGAUUGUUGAAUACAUUAAAGAAGGCUACUGUUUAUGAGACACACCCAGGAGUUAUGUUUCAGUAAAAAUCCUUGAGAAUUUAUUAUGUCAGAUGUCUUUUCAUUCAUUAUCAGGAAGUUUUAGUUAUCUGUCACUUUUUUUUCCACAUCAGUUUGAUCAGGAAAGUGUAUAACACAUCUUAGAGCAAGAGUUAGUUUGGUAUUAAAUCCUCAUUAGAACAACCACCUGUUUCACUAAUAACUUACCCCUGACGAGUAUAUCUAAACAUAUGCAUUUUAAGCCUUCAAAUUACAUUAUCAACAUGAGAGAAAUCACCAACAAAGAAGAUGUUCAAAAUAAUAGUCCCAUAUCUGUAAUCAUAUCUACAUGCAAUGUUAGUAAUUCUGAACAGUUUUUUAAAUUUAUGGCUAUUUUUACACGAUGAUGAAUUUUGACAGUUUGUGCAUUUUCUUUAUACAUUUUAUAUUCUGUUAAAAUAUCUCUUCAGAUGAAACUGUCCAGAUUAAUUAGGAAAAGGCAUAUAUUAACAUAAAAAUUGCAAAAGAAAUGUCACUGCUAAAUAAGAUUUACAACUGAUGUUUCUAGAAAAUUUCCACUUCUAUAUCUAGGCUUUGUCAGUAAUUUCCACACCUUAAUUAUCAUUCAACUUGCAAAAGAGAUAACUGAUAAGAAGAAAAUUGAAAGAAUGAGAAUCUGUGGAUAAGUGUUUGUGUUCAGAAGAUGUUGUUUUGCCAGUAUUAGAAAAUAUUGUGGGCCGGGCAUGGUGGCUUACAUCUGUGAUCCCAGCACUUUGGGAGGCCAAGGCGGGUGGAUCACCUGAGGUCGGGAGUUCUAGACCAGCCUGACCAACAUGGAGAAACCCUGUCUCUACUAAAAAUACAGAAUUAGCUGGGCAUGGUGGUGCAUGCUGGUAAUCUCAGCUAUUGAGGAGGCUGAGGCAGGAGAAUUGCUUGAACCUGGGAGGCAGAGGUUGCAGUGAGCCAAGAUUGCACCACUGCACUCCAGCCUGGGUGACAAAGUGAGACUCCAUCUCCCAAAAAAAAAAAAAAAAAAAAAAAAUAUAUAUAUAUAUAUAUAUAGUGGAACUUACAAAUGAGAGUAAUAUAAUGAAAUUUUGAACUGUUAUUUAUAAACAUCUAAGGUAAAAUGGUUAGUCAUGGCCAGAGUAUGUUUCAUCCUUUAUAAUUUUUGUCCAUUUGAAAAUAAGGAUUUUUGAGAGAAUUAUACCAAUUAAAAUUAUUAAAGGCAAACAUAGAGUUCAUAAAAAAUUGUCCAAAGUAGAAAUGAUGACCUAUAAUUUGGAGCAUUUCCAAUUCAGUAAUUUCAAUUUUGCCCUUGAAAACAUUUAAUAUAUAUCCAAGACUGACAUUUCUUUAGCUGAACCUAACGUUUUGGUCUCUAAGUGAAUUUAUAAUAACUCCUUCCUUCCUUUGCAUAGGGUUUUCAAAAUUUGAUUUAUAAUUCCUAUUUCCAGUAAAUAUUGUUCAUUUGUCCACAUCUCUCCCUAUCAUAUGUUGCUGGAGGUAAGAAUUUCUUUUAUAUUCCUAUUUUUUUUUCCCCAUAGACUAGGCUCAUAGAAUUUAAACAAGCAAAUAUUCCUGAGCUUUUUCUUGCCAAAUGAAAGAAGACUGGUAAAUUCUCAUUGAGAGGUUUGCGUAGUUCUUGGCUCUUCCUGGGGUUAAUGUGCUUAUAUUCACAGCGGCAAAUUGGUCUCAGACUUUAAUUUAUUUAUUUUUGAAUUUCUCUUUAAAAAUAUCAAUUUAAAAGGUAACUAGAAUUAUUCCUUCUCAUUUUCAAAAGUGAUUUUUGCAUUAUUAAAUUUCCCUGCCAUUGUAAUGCCAUUUUAAGCAGAAAAAAAGUCAGCCAGUAAUUAAUAAAAAAAGUGAUGGAGAUUAAGUAGUAUUUUGGCUUAUUUUUAGGACUCAUGAUGAGAAGACACAGAGUUCCUUUAAUCAGGAAAUUAAUAUCCAUAAUUUUCAUUCAAAAUUGUAGUAUGUAAAGCAGAUUCUCAUUCAAAAACUCUCCUGAACACUUAUUUAUAUAUAUGUUUUUAUAUAAGUAAAAUUGUUCUCAUAUUUUUAUACGAUAUGCACACACACACACACACAUGCACAUACUACUUACUACAUGUGCUGUACUUGUACUUUGUACCAUGCAUAUUCAAAUGUUUAUAUACAUAAGUUUAUUAUAACAUAAAAAGUAAAAGUAAUGAAUACUGUUUAAAAUAACUAAUAUAGUAUUUUUUAAUUUUUGUGGGGAUGGAUUCUCAAAUACUUGUGAUUUUAAAAGAUCCAGUAAAGACUUCUAAAGCUAAAACACAAUUUGAUUUUAAAAAGAAUGAUUCUCCUUACACAAUUAUAAAUAUUUGCAGUAAAUAUUUUUGACCCCAUUUAAAAAGUAUUAGAUUAUAUUCCUUUGAUCCAAUGAAAACUGAACCUUAUAAAUGGUUAGCUGAAAGUAGACCUUAUUCUUGUCCUUCUUUAGAAGAGUAAAGAUUUGUCCUAGGGAAGAUGGCUGACUUCGGUUCCAAACAUGCAUAUGCAUUUAGACCGUAGCUCCUCAGCCCUGUGGACACAAAAUUUGGACAGCUUAUUAGGUUACGUCAGCAAUGCAUGACGGUUUCUCCAACACUAAGAUAUUCACGUUGAAACAGAUUUCCUGUUCGUCUUAUGUGUCUGGUAAAAUUGUUUCCCCAAUUACAAUUUGACAUAUCAAUAGAGGGUUAACAAGAGUAUAAUUACAUAACAGAAUUCCUCAUGAACUGUAAUCAGUCUACAGGAAAAUCAUUAUUUUAUCUUGAUUUGCAGAUGAAUAUACUGCUAAGAAAGGGAGCCACUCUGACCUUUGUUAAAGUUGAUCUUUUGUAAUUGAGGUAUAAGGUAUGAAAAGAUAAAAAAACGAAGGCCAGAGAAUCAGGAAAUGAAAGAUAGUAUGGACUGAAGGUAACAAUAUUUUAAUGUUAUGCAAUAUAGUCAGAGAAAUAUUAAAAAUUAGUUGUUUGCUGUGCAUAGGUGGAUCUCACAGGAAGCUAAUGAAACCUAAGCUUCAGGGCCUCUCACUUAGACAUGUUCCAUUCGAGGUCCUGAACCUAACUUUGUAUUAGGAAUUCUGUACUAAUUUUGUUGAAGAAGACCAGCAAAGUUGUGUAUACUUCUACCCCCACAAAAUCUGCAUUGUCCAUGUGAGUAAAGUAAAAUAAUUCCUGUUAUUUUUUUCUGUUAGAAAUAAGUAUGGAGGAUAUGUUUUUAAAAAUUUAUGAGUUAAUUGAAAUAUCCAUAUAUAACAAGUGGCUUUCUCACAAUAUAUAUGAUGUGAUAUAUAGGGAGAUAGUUUCACUUUCAUCAUAUUUUAUAUGUUGAUUCUGAACUACAGAAAAAUAAUAAAUGGGAUUUUAAUUAUAGCUCUUUUUCUUAGUUGGGAAAGAAAUACAGAGAGAUGUGGGAUUUGAAUGCCCAUGAAAGACAUUUUAUUUUACUUGAAUAUAUUCUUGCUUCACUUUACCCUCCAUAAUAUGUUGUACAUUCGUGCUGAUCAAGUUUACAGAGUUACAUUUUGCUUUCCUAACCAUUCAGUCAGGAAUUAAAAUAUGGCAUUGUAUAACUGGGAAGAAGCUCAUAGUGGAUAUGAAUUAGAGUAGAUAAUGGGUCACACCUUGAUAGCUUCUGUUUACAUUACUUGUAUAUGGGCAAAAUAAUUAUUACCUAUACGUGUAUUUAAGCUUAAUUUUCAUAUAAACAGUAUUUUUAAUCUAUGUUAAAAUAGAUAAUAUCUAAAAGUGUGAUCUCUAGGUAGUCCUUAGUUUAUUAGUACUGUACUUCAAAAAGAUUUUUAAAUAGGUCCGGCACAGUGGCUCAUGCCUGUAAUCCCAGCACUUUGGGAGGCUGAGGCGGGCGAAUCACCUGAGGUCAGGAGUUCGAGAUCAGCCCGGCCAACAUGGUGAAACCCUAUCUCAACUAAAAAUACAAAAAUUAGCCAGACGUGGUGGCAGGCGCCUGUAAUCCCAGCUACUCGGGAGGCUGAGGCAGGAGAAUCACUUGAACCCAAGGGGCAGAAGUUGCAGUGAGCCAAGAUCGCAUCAUUGCACUCCAGCCUAGGGGACAAGAGCGAGACUUCGUCUCAAAAAAAAAAAAAAAAAAAAAAAAAAAAAGAUUUUUAAAUAAUAGCUAAAGGUAUGCUCUCUAGGUCAUCCUUAGUUUAUUAGUACUGUACUUAAAAAUUAUUUUUUAAUAGUCAAUUUUGGGAGAUAAUUAUUUCUUUCCUUAUAUUUUCCAAUUAGUUGGUGUCUAAAAAUAAAUGUUUUGUCUAAUUUUAGAUCAGGUAUACAUUCACAAAAGCAUAAAUCAUAGUCUCACAGGAAAUUCACCAAUUUUCCAUAUGUUGUGAGAUAAUUGUCCUUUCUACAACCUCAUAACAAUGAAUUUAUAUAAUUACCUAGAUUUUCUUAGUGUGAAUCUACCAAUUAGUUUUAUUUUCUUGGUAGUUAUUUUUUUCCCUCCUCUCUGUUACUAUUGGCCUUAAAAUACACAGAGGAUGGUUACAGUGUCCUAAUAGCUGUUACAUGUGUGUGUUUCAGCGUACUUGAAUCAAGUGUACAUUUAUAGUACCAAUAACCGCCUUUACAGCUUUACAGUUAACAAUUCUCUCACAAAACUGUAGAGCAUUAGGCAUCUGAGAGCCAUACAGAGGGCCAAAUUUGUUCCACAGUGAAUGUGUUUUUUUUCCUCAACAUAUACACUACUGAUUUUUUUUAAAAGUAUGACUUUCAAGUGAAUUAAUGUAUUGGUUAGGAGAACUGCUUGCUAAGUCCUUAUUACCUCUUGUUGAAGCCUCAAAAGGCCGUGCUGAAAGCCAGAGGGGGAAAAAAAGAGUAAUGCACAGGUAUCUCUUUUGCAGUGGUGACUGUAUUUUGAGUACCUUGUGUGACAGGGUAUUAUUACAGCAUCUUGUGGGAAAACCUAUUAGGCCUUUGCAUGUUAAAGCUGUAUAAUUUGUUGGGUUGUGAGUGGUCUGACUUAAAUGUGUAUUAUAAAAUUUAGACAUCAAAUAUUCCUACUAACUAACUUUAUUAGAUGCAUACUUAGAAGCACAGUCAUAUCACACUGGGAGGCAAUGCAAUGUGGUUACCUGGUCCUAGGUUUGAACUGUCUUAUUUCAAAAGAUUUCUGAAUUAAUUUUUCCCUAGAAUUUCUCCUUCAUUCCAAAGUAGAAACAUACUUUGAAGAAUGAAACAGAUUGUUCCCAUGAAUGUAUGCUCAUACUCGACUAGAAACAAUCUAUGUUAAAUGACUGUGUAUAUGAAUUAUUUCAAGUACUACCCAAAAUAACUUUCUUACUGCUCUGAAAGAAGAAAAGCAAUGUAAAUCACUAUGAUUAUUGCACAAACAACCAGAAUUCCCCAACAAUUUUAAGUAAUCUGAUCCUCUUCUUGGGGAAAAUUGUUACCUAAUAGUUUUUCCUUAUGAAUGUUAUUACUACUGGUAUAAAUCAAAUUUCUACAAAUUUCCUACUUAAGUCUUAAGAACUGGGUUCUUCCUUUGAUGUUAUUCAUGUUCAGAAAGGAAAUAACACUUUACUCUUUUAGGACAAUUCCUAGAAUCUAUAGUAGUAUCAGGAUAUAUUUUGCUUUAAAAUAUAUUUUGGUUAUUUUGAAUACAGACAUUGGCUCCAAAUUUUCAUCUUUGCACAAUAGUAUGACUUUUCACUAGAACUUCUCAACAUUUGGGAACUUUGCAAAUAUAAGCAUCAUAUGUGUUAAGACUGUAUCAUUUAAUGCUAUGAGAUACAUUGUUUUCUCCCUAUGCCAAACAGGUGAACAAACGUAGUUGUUUUUUACUGAUACUAAAUGUUGGCUACCUGUGAUUUUAUAGUAUGCACAUGUCAGAAAAAGGCAAGACAAAUGGCCUCUUGUACUGAAUACUUCGGCAAACUUACUGGGUCUUAAUUUUCUGACAGGAUUUGACUCAAUAUUUGUAGAGCUUGCAUAGAAUGGAUUACAUGGUAGUGAUGCACUGGUAGAAAUGGUUUUUAGUUAUUGACUCAGAAUUCAUCUCAGGAUGAAUCUUUUAUGUCUUUUUAUUGUAAGCAUAUCUGAAUUUACUUUAUAAAGAUGGUUUUAGAAAGCUUUGUCUAAAAAUUUGGCCUAGGAAUGGUAACUUCAUUUUCAGUUGCCAAGGGGUAGAAAAAUAAUAUGUGUGUUGUUAUGUUUAUGUUAACAUAUUAUUAGGUACUAUCUAUGAAUGUAUUUAAAUAUUUUUCAUAUUCUGUGACAAGCAUUUAUAAUUUGCAACAAGUGGAAUCCAUUUAGCCCAGUGGGAAAGUCUUGGAACUCAGGUUACCCUUGAAGGAUAUGCUGGCAGCCAUCUCUUUGAUCUGUGCUUAAACUGUAAUUUAUAGACCAGCUAAAUCCCUAACUUGGAUCUGGAAUGCAUUAGUUACGACCUUGUACCAUUCCCAGAAUUUCAGGGGCAUCGUGGGUUUGGUCUAGUGAUUGAAAACACAAGAACAGAGAGAUCCAGCUGAAAAAGAGUGAUCCUCAAUAUCCUAACUGGUCCUCAACUCAAGCAGAGUUUCUUCACUCUGGCACUGUGAUCAUGAAACUUAGUAAAGGGGAUUGUGUGUAUUUUAUACAAAUUUAAUACAAUGUCUUACAUUGAUUGAUAAAUUCUUAAAGAGCAAAACUGCAUUUUAUUUCUGCAUCCACAUUCCAAUCAUAUUAGGAGAACUAACAUAUUUAUCUAUGAAGAUAUAAAUGGUGCAGAGAGACUUUCAUCAUCUGUGGAUUGCGUUGUUUCUUAGGGUUCCUAGCACUGAUGCCUGCACAAGCAUGUGAUAUGUGAAAUAAAAUGGAUUCUUCUAUAGCUAAAUGAUUUCCCUCUGGGGAGAGUUCUGGUACUGCAAUCACAAUGCCAGAUGGUGUUUAUGGGCUAUCUGUGUAAGUGGUAAGAUGCUAUGAAGUAAGUGUGUUUUCAUCUUAUGGAAACUCUUGAUGCAUGUGCUUUUGUAUGGAAUAAAUUUUGGUGCAAUAUGAUGUCAUUCUUGGUUGUAUUUAUAUGUAUUAUACCUGUCAUGCUUCUAGUUGCUUCAACCAUUUUAUAACCAUUUUUGUACAUAUUUUACUUGAAAAUAUUUUAAAUGGAAAUUUAAAUAAACAUUUGAUAGUUUACAUAAUAAA